CUCCACCAUUCCCCUCGUUCUUCGUUCAACCACAAGUUACCUCCUUGGAUUUCUCUCUGAUAUUUUUGUUCUUCUUCUUACCUCAAUCGCCAUUUUGUAUCAUCUACUUUCGUCUCAAUUCAUUUAUAUGAUUUCAUGCCCGUCUUUUCUUCCUCUAGUUUUUUUCAUUUUGGUUGGGUUUUGGGAUUAAUUUUACUUUUCCUAAUUGUUGAGUUUCAAAUAAACUUGGUUGUGUUGUCGACUUUACCAUGUCAACAGGCGGCGGGGGCAAUCAAAUGAUAACCAUCAUUCCUGAUGAGCUCAAGUUUGUGUUUGAGGUGGAAAAACAGAGCUUCUGUGAUCUUAAAGUCGUUAACAACACAGAGAAUCAUGUUGCUUUCAAGGUCAAAACUACUUCACCUAAGAAGUACUUUGUAAGGCCAAAUACUGGAGUUAUACAGCCUUGGGACUCUUGUGUCAUCAGAGUUACAUUGCAAGCACAAAAGGAGUGCCCACCAGAUAUGCAAUGCAAAGAUAAAUUCUUGUUGCAAAGCACAACAGUGCCUCAGCUUACUGAUGUAGACGACCUCCCUUCAGAUUUAUUCACCAAAGAAAGCAAUGGGAAGGUGGAGGAGUGCAAGCUCAGAGUUCUAUACAUUCCUCCCUCAUCCACAGCUCAAGGGAAUGGAGAAGAAGAUGGUCUCAGUAGCUGCAGACAGAGCUUUGAUGGCAAUUUCGUGAGUUCAUUUCUUGAUCAGCUCUUGAUGUUAGUCAGGGGCAGGCAUGGUCUCCUCUGGUCCAGAAUCGAAGAGUAUCGAAAAUUGGCAUUGCAACGGUUGAAAGAAGAAAGGGAUGGAGUUGUAAAUAAGACACAACAGUUGCAGCAAGAACUAGAUUUGUUGAAGCGUCGAAAAUAUCCAGAAAAGGGUUCGGGAUUCUCAAUCACAUUUGCAUUGGUGGCGGGGCUUAUCGGCAUCGUCCUUGGUGUUUUGAUCAAACUUUGGUUUUCUUCUCCAUCAGCUGUAGAAAAUACAGAGAUUUUGACAGAGAUUUUAACGCCACCACCAGAAUUAUAAGUUUUUUUUUUAUUUUUUCCAGUUUUCCAUAAUCUCCGAUAUAUUUUUUUAGCCCUGCAUUUGAUCUUGUUUUGUAUGUUAAAAAAAGAUAAAAAAAUACAAUGAUGAUGGAUGAAUCCUUCUCCUUUGUUUUAAUUUUUUUUGCGAUUUUUUGUAUAUUGAUCAUUGCAAAAACAUACAAAAGAAUUGUAUGAUAUCUUAUUGUCGG